CUACGAGGUCUGGAAUGUACAGACUACAAAGGGGGAAUUGCGAAAUCCACGUUAAAAAACUCCAGCAUCUGUCUUGAUUUCCACAUCUUGUGUUCGCAAAUUUGUAACUUUGGAAUCACCAUGCCUGCGCCUCCUAAAGGGAAAGUUGGCACAAAGGGGCAGAAACAGAUUGUCGUUGAGAAUGCAGAGACCCUAAGUUAUUACAGGAAUAUAAUGGUUGGCGCGUCACUGCUAUACAUUGUCAUUCGCCUUCUUUGGAAACUGGACACAUUCACUUGGUGGAAUUGGUUGGUCCUAGCCUUCGCGACAGCGGUCUACUUUGGCUGUUAUCACUUUAUGACCAUUAUGGCAAAGCCCAGCUACUCAGAGACUGGAGCAUUACUUGAUGGAGGAUGCGACUUGAACAUGCUGUCUGGCAUGGGGGAGCACAUCAAAGACAUCAUUCUUGUGACUGCGAUUGUUCAAGUUCUAGGAAUCUUCUCCGAGUACUUUUGGAUACUGUGGUUCGUGAUACCAGGAAGAGCUUUCUACCUCCUCUGGGUUAACAUCCUGUCACCAUGGUUUUUUGCCCCGCCCCCGGAGGUGGAUGAAAAGAAACAGAAGAAAAUGGAGAGGAAACAAAAUAGGAGAUUUUAGUUCUUUAUUCAAAUUCCAUUUUAUAGUUUUAUUAUCGUUCUAGAUGGUAGAUUAAAAUUGGUAAGAACUGAAGGAUGUGAAGAGCCAAAUUCACUUUCAAGAAGCAUACUCUCUUUGAUUUCCAUGUUGCCUCUGGCAGAUCUAAUGCAAGGGUAGGGGUCGUAAUUUAAAACAAUAAUAUAAAGUAUAAAAUUGAACAAAAUAAAUCCCCCUCUCAGUUCGAAAAAUUCAGUUAUAAAAAAAAAAA